AAAAUACCGGAAGUCACAAGUUCUCUGUUCUCAGACACUUUGGACAGUUGGAUUCAAGGACACGAGAAUAAAGAAUGUCAAGAGGAGUGUGUCAGUGUGGUCUUUGUUCACUGUUGGCUGCCAAAUCCACUUAGUAAUCAAAGUCCACCUCAUGAAACUAAAUAGACAAGCAUUAAACCAAUUCAUUCUCGGAAAGUCUGAACAAUUUCUGAAAAAUUUGGGUUGUACCAACACCUGUGGUUAUCUUUACGUCUGGUGCGGGUACGGUUCAUGGUGCGGGCAAAUAGUCCUGAAAAAACCAAGAUGGCCUCUAUUUUAGAGCAAUACGAAAGUGAGCUCAAAAGCAGUGGAAAUAUCCCGUCAAAUAGGCAAAUUUUGAGUGAUGAACCGAUUGCAACUGGCUAUGUGGAUUUCACAGAUGAUGCACCGAUGUUUCGUAGGGAAAAAAAAAAUUUCAGACCUCCUGCAAAAAUCAUAGAUAUAUCAGUGUGCAACUCAACUGUCAUCAUUGCUUUGAGUUAUUCUGUGAUGAGACUAAAUCUUGUCAACACUGAUAAAAUUGAAGGUAAAGAUAGAAGUGUCCAAGCGGAGGAUGUUGUGUAUAAAAUAUUCCAGGACCCUACUGCUAGACAUAUCAUAAUUUGUUUACAAUCUUUUGAAUCCCUUUACCUUGCAAGGACAAGCAAGAAAGUAAAACCCAUUUCAAAAUUAAAGGGUCAUCUUAUUGAGGCUGUGGCAUGGAACAAAACGAGACUGAAUGAGACUACUACACAAGCAAUUUUGAUUGGAACUAGAAAAGGAUUGAUUUUUGAAACUGAAUUGGACAAUGAGGAGAAGUUCUUUCAGGCUGCUUUCGAGAAAUAUUGUAGACAGCUGCACAAUAUCAAUAGUGGAGUGAACAGAGCUGAACCAAUUACUGGAAUGGUGUUUGAGAAAUUUCCAAGAUCAGAUCGAACUUUUGUUGUGAUGGUUACAACGUACAGCCGAUUGUACCAUUUUAUUGGUGAAGUUUCAUUGUCCGAGCCGCCCUUAUUUGUUCCAUUGUUUUCUCAAUUUGAAACAAGUCCUGCAAGUUUCAUUGAACUACCAUCUGAAAACCUAUUGAGGAGUCAAUUAGCUUUGUAUAAUGCAAAAGCAAGAGGGACACCAUCAUCAUUUGCAUGGUUGACUGGUCCUGGUGCCUACUGUGGAGGACUAAAUUUUGACUCAUUACAGGGUAACAACACUAGCAUUAUAUCAAACGCAAGGCUUUUACCUUACGUCACAGCUGAUGGAGAAAGUUCCAGUCCUCCGUUGGCGCUUGCUCUGACUGAAUUUCAUGUUUUACUUUUGUAUAAAGAUAGGUUUGAAGCCGUGUGCUUAUUGAAUGAUCAAAUUGUUUUUCAAGAUUUACUCCCUGAAAGAUUUGGGGAAAUGCGAGGAAUGGUAACCGAUCCAGUAAAGAAGACAAUAUGGAUUUUUUCAGUCAAUGCCAUCUUUGAAUACCACAUUAACAAAGAAACAAGACAUGUUUGGAAAUUAUACUUGGAAAAGGGGAUGUUCCAAGAAGCUGAAGAAUAUGCCAAGGACAAUCCUUUGCAUAUUGAUGAAGUAUUAAGAAAGAAAGCAGAGAACUUCUUUAAUGAAAAACAAUACCGCCCUUCUGCAGCAACGUACGCCUUAACUCAAGCAUCUUUUGAAGAAGUUACUUUGAAGUUUAUUCAAGUACCUGAAUCGGAUUCGUUGAAAGUUUUUCUUGUAAAAAAAUUGAACAACUUAGACAGCAAGGAUAAAACUCAAAUCACCAUGCUUACCAUAUGGUUGGUUGAACUCUAUCUUAAUGAACUGGGAGAACUGAAAAAUGGUGGGGCUGAAAAACAAUCGGAAUUCCUGUCUGUUCAGGAAGAUUUUAGAAAACUUUUAGCAACAAGUAAAGUGAAGAUGUCUUUCGAAGAGAGUAAACAAACGGCGUAUGAAUUAAUUGCCAGUCACGGAGACGUUGAGAAUCUUAUCUUUCUUGCAAUGUUAAUGAAAGAUUUUGAGCGAGUAAUUCAUCAUCACAUUCAACAUGACGAUUUUGGAGCAGCUUUAGAUGUUCUGAAAAAACAGAAUGAACCAGAGCUGUACUAUAAAUUCUCUCCAGUUUUGAUGCAACAUAUUCCGGAAGAUACCGUCAAUGCUUGGAUUGACCAAAACAAAAGACUUGAUCCAAGAAAGCUCAUUCCUGCUUUGAUAUAUUACGAGCAAAAGGAGGACAAGGCUCUGAUCGAACAAGCGGUUCGUUAUUUAGACUUUUGUGUUGAUAUCCUUGGUGUACAGGAUCAAGCCAUUCACAAUUACUUACUUUCCUUGUACGUCAAGCAGAAGGAACACGUAUCUCUAAUGAGAUAUCUACAUUUACAAGGGCAGGAUAAAGAUGAAGUCAGAUACGAUUUGGAGUAUGCAUUAAGAUUAUGUUCAGAAAAUGAACUUAAGCAGGCAUGCGUUCAUAUUUACAGCACGAUGGGCCUUUACGAAGAAGCUGUUGACUUGGCGUUGAUGUUUGACGCCGAUAUGGCAAAAUUCCAGGCAAGUAAGCCAGAAGAGGACGAAGCUCUACAGAAGAAGCUUUGGUUGCGAAUUGCGAGACAUGUUGUUGAAAAAAAGGAGGAUGUCAAAACAGCAAUGCAAGUUUUAAAUGAUUUCAAGCAGAUCAAAAUUGAAGACAUACUUCCGUUCUUUCCAGAUUUUGUGACGAUUGACCAUUUUAAGGAUGCGAUUUGUUCGUCCUUAGAGGAAUACAAUAAACACAUCCAUGAACUAAAAACAGAAAUGCAAGAAGCGACUGAAAGUGCCGAAAAUAUUCGUCAAGAUAUUCAGGAAAUGAAAAACAGAUACGGUGUUGUGGAGGUAGAUAAGAAAUGUUUGCUGUGUUUACAACCAUUGCUGACCAGAUCAUUCCACAUUUUCCCUUGUCAUCAUGCAUUUCAUACUGACUGUCUUGUCGACGAAGUUUUGCUUCAUCUUAAAGGACGACAGAGGAACAGACUAGAAUUUUUGAAAAGAAAACUCUUUCGAACAGACUACGAAGGCUCACGAAAUGCUGGUCGUAACCGAGAAAAUGAUCCAAUAAUAUUACCUGAAGAUUCGGUGGAAAAACUAAUGGCAGAUCUUGACGAACUUAUAGCAAACGAAUGUAUCUUGUGUGGUGAACACAUGAUACGAUCAAUCGAUCAACCAUUUAUUACUCAGGAUGAGUAUGACGAAGUUGUAAAAAGCUGGGCUUGAUCCUUGGAUUUUAAUCUCGCCUACAUUUUCUUACGAUGUUGGUUCAUAACGAGUUGAUUCAGGUUGAAUAUCGCUGGUUGUUGAUAAUGUCAAAUAAAUUAGGUGAAAUAAUGUAAUAUAUAAUUCAUUUGAGGAAAUUACUGAAUCAUAAAUUACUGUGCAUUUA